AUGUACAAAGUCAGACCAGCAGCCACUUUGGCGAGCCUUCGGAAAGCAAGAAUUGCAGCACCAGAAGUCGAGAGAAUUUGCAAAUCUAUUAUCUCAAGAAGGCUUCACGUAUAUCCGCCGAAGAAAGCAGCGGCCAGAUCCCCCCGAGUGGCUGCCAAGGAACGGGCAGCAAAUGGGACCUCAAGGACAGUCCGAGUAAAGAAAUCGUAUGGCGCCGAGGAGUGUUUACCACCACUCGCCCUCUUGAACUCCGCUCACAAAUCCGGGGCUCUUGGUGUCACUCCAGAGCAAGCUUUGGAUUUCCUCCGAGGGUGGCAAGAACGGGCUGCCGCUUCAGGCUUAGGGUGGGAGCAGGAAUUAUGUUCCAAGCAUAGUAUCACACCCUCGACUGUAGUCUUGCUUGCUCGCAUAGUAGGAAAAUGUGAAGGCAAAGGCCAGAAACUCUUUGGUAAAGAACUCAUGUACGCGGCAUCAGCCAUGGGCGAGAGAUCAGCUACCUUCUCUAUUGUCUCCACUGCCCUUCGCUCUGGUAGAGCUACAGACCUUGAAAUAAGAGGUCCGUUACAGCAAGUUGGACUCCUUGCCAAGAAGGAGAAGGAUCCCCAAGCUAUGGCUCUGCUAGGGCAGGUGCUCUUUUCGCAAAGAGCCGAUAAUGAGGCUCUAGAUUGGUUUGGGAAGGCAACUUCCAGUGGGGCGUUGGAUUUUGACGGCGCGGGGGAAGCACUAGUCACCAAAGGAAGAAUUCUGCUGUCACGGAAAGACAUGGAGGGUGCGACAGAGGCUUUCAAGAAUGCCGCGCUGAAACUGGAUGAUCCGACGGCUUACUUUUAUCUCUCACAAUUGGAGGAUUCAAAUUCUCAAAAUCAGCAAGUCUAUCUUCUGAAAGCUGCUACUUCAGGGGUGCUAGAAGCCUGGCACAAUCUUGGAGUUCUCGAAUUGUCGAAGAUAGACAAGCGUCCAAAAAGACCUAUUUCGUUAGAAGAUUACGAAAUGGCGAGAGAGUGGUUCCAGGUUGCGGCUGCUGACGGGUAUGGAUUGAGUAUGCUGAAUUUGGCUUCGAUAUAUAAAGCUGUUGGCCAGCGAGAUGAGGGGCUGAGAUGGUUGGAGAAGGCCGAGAACGUUGUUGGCGUUAGCGAACAGGCCCGAGAGAUGAAAAGUCAAUGGGCUAUGGAGAAUCAAGUGAGCGGCUGA